AAGAAUUAAAACAAAAUGCUAAACUCGACUAAACCGAGUCGUAUCAGUCGCAAUCGAAUCAUCCCAUCGCUCGCCGCCAAGACUAAGACCCGAAUUCACAACAAUAUUCAAAGCCGAAGCGCAAAUCCGAAUUUCAUUUCCAGGAGCUGAAUUGCACACCACAGGUGCCCUGUGCUCAAGUGCUUCCAGACCGAGCGAGCGAGAGAGCGAGGUCCUGCAGUCCUGUCAGAUGUCUGUUCUUGCGCUUACUGUUGCGAUCCUUUGUGAUCGGUUGUUUCUGGGAUUGCCCGGAGCUCGAUGAGAUGAGCCAUGUCGCUCAAGCGACACGAGGGGACGAAGACUAAGCAUCACGACGAAGUCCCACACUCGAAGAAAGACGCGGUCAACUAGACCGGUCGCGGCCCAGCAUAAAAGAGCGGCACCUGGUCGGCACUCGAGAGAAAGCCACCAUCGCCCAUCGACGCCGAGCGAUCGAGGGAGGGAGAGAGCGAGAAAUCAUGGCGGAGGAGGAGAACUGGAGCGCGGCGCAGCGGAAGAUGGUGGAGGUGUGGGAGCAUCACAUGGCGUCGGAGUUCCAGAGGAAGAACGUUGCGCAGACGUUGGAGACCAUGGUCGACGACGGGUACGUGUACAACGUGCCCACGGCCUGCGGCGGCAGCGGGAGCGGGACGCAUCGGCUCGGCACGAUCGAGGACUUCUACGCCAAGACCUUCAUGCCGAGCAUCCCGGCCGACGUCGAGGUCGUCGCGCUGUCUCGGACCGUCGGCAGCAACCGCCUCUGCGACGAGAUCCUCUUCAAGUUCACGCACGACGCGCCCAUUCCCUGGCUGCUGCCCGGCGUCGCGCCCACCGGCAAGCGCGUCGAGAUCCCUGUCGUCGUCAUCGUCACGUUCCGCGGCGACAAGGUCACCUCCGAGCGCAUCUAUUGGGACCAGGCCAGCGUCCUCGUGCAGACGGGCCUCCUCGAGCGCGGCGAUCUGCCCGUUACCGGCGUCGAGAAUGUUCCGCAGCUCGUCCAAUUCAUCGCCUCCGAAUCCUGAUCCAUCGAUUUCUCGGCCUCUUUUCGAUUUUCUGGAGCUGGAUCGAGCCCUCACUUGCUUCUCAUGGCCACUCAAAGCGUCGAGAAUCUCGGGGUUUCUCUCUCUCUGCCUGCCGCAUUGCUUCCCCUCCGCCGCGUCUCCGAUCCAGUUGCCCUCUGGUCGAUUGUGAUUCUGGCUGCUGCGUAGCGAUCGUCGCACUCGUGAGUUCGACGCUGUACAGUCUAUGAAGAUAUUCAUCCCCUUUUACUUAGUUUGACCUUCUUUGGAUGAGCUCUCCCAGACUCCUGGUCUUGUGCGAUGCACGAUAGAAUUGCGACACUUCGAUUGACAGCUGGAAGCGCUAUCCGUCCACUGUGUCGACUAAUUUUACAGCCACCUUUCGUUCUGCAUACGGCGUUCAGAGGAUAUAUCACCGUGAUUGUAUUGGUUUCCAAUCACGAAUAAAUAGUAGCUUGUGUUUUAUAUAACGCUUAUAUCAUCAUCGUUGUUUUUUGAGCAUGCCGUCCAGAACUUGGUAUGGCAUGAAUUGCGCCAGAGAUUAGAGCUGUCAGAGCUUAAAAUAUGUAUUCUUCGAAACCCACGGUCUGAGAUCACUGCAGCUGACAGUAUUUUAUCAUAGACCCGUAGGAAAGGUGAUCAUAACUGGAACAGAGUAGUUAUUAACACUUGCAAGUGCUCUCCAUCAAAUGUUGUACGAACGGUGGCGUGAAGUAUGAAGUAUAGAGAGUGCAACAUAUAAUUAGGAGAGCGCUAUAUAUUUUUUUGUUUCGCGCAAUAAAUUUUGUUCGUGUAUCCUGAAACGCCG